AUGGUACUUAAUAUUCAAGAGGAUGCAGGUCAUAAUUCAAUACUAGGAAGACAGAGCCAGCACUCUGUGCUGACCAAAUACCACCGCGAUGAUAUCCUUCCUCCCGCCAAGCGCUUGAAAACUUCUGAAAGCGCCAAUGCCGAAGAUUCUCGGGAUAUAUCAAGUGAUGAAGCUGUUCUGAAUACCCCAAAGAGCUAUCUUGAGGAGAUUCCCGAUUCUGAUGAGGAGACCGGCUUGGAUGAUGAUGAACGUUCCGCACCUGAACGUCUUACUGAGCUUGAGAGUGUAUUGCCACCCGUGAAGACGGACAAGAAUGCCAUUGCAGAAUAUGAGGCUAUGCGGGCUGCUGAACAAGCUGUUCCGGAAGACUUGAAGGCUCGUCUUAGUCAGAGAAGUUGGAGAGAGGGGAAAAGCUCUAUCUAUGUUGAUGCUUUCAAUCUGGCACUUGAAACUGUGCUGGAGGAGGAGGGGCAUCUAUUUGAUGAGAAAGAAAUGGAAGUGUUCAACCAAUGGCGGGAGUUAGAGUACGAGGCCCAGUACCUGUAUGUCCGCUUAUUCCUCAGAAAGACUUCUGCAUGGCAUCGUAUAGGCCGUCUUGGGUAUCACAGUGACAUUACAGAUGUACCACGUGCUGCCGAAAUACUUCAAAAAUUACGAAAACUGCCAGAAUCAUUAGCGGCUCUUGAUUCAAACCCUUCUCGCCCGGACGGAACGGUCCUCGAAUCAGCAUUUAGUUUUGCCGAUUCCUCGGACGAAAAGAUCAACACGUUGGAAGAAGCAUCAUCCCUCUUGAAUCUGGAAGAGCUCAAAGCCAUUGCUAAAGAAGCCAAGGUCCAGGGAAAGAAUAAAGCUGAGCUUCUUGAAGCUCUCCGACGGAUGAGCCAGCGUCAAAGUGGCCUGUCCUGGUUCGGACUGAAAAAGUCUGACAGCGGAAUUCCAGGAGCGAUGGAAUCUCCAGGCAACCCUGAUGAUGAUGCAGCUGAAGACACUAGACUGUCUGAACUGAAUAGAAAUAACCAUUAUUUGCGAAAGAUAAUGGCCAGUACGGGGUCUUGUAUCAGGUUAUCUUUACCAGUGUUAAAGCUCUUUGAGAGAGUGCAUCUGGUCUUCUAUAGGUCUACCGAGUGGACUGACAAAUCCUUAAUAACCAUCAUCCUGGCCAGGAUUUCUCGUCGAAACUUUCCCGAGUACAUUGUUUCAAGAUCUUCCAAUAUAUUUUCAUCUAGGUCUCAAUUACUCGAGUUUGAAGCUGCUCUUAGAACGCAAUUCGAAGUUGAGAGCAUCUUGGAGUUCAAUGGGACUCCAAGCAAGGAGGGUUUCGAGCGUGUCUCGAAUAUCUUCGAAGAAGUCUAUCCACGAUGGAAGGCCCUGCUCAAGGAAGAGCAGCGUAAGGAAGAUCGAGUUUACGAAAGCGGCGAGGGAGCAUACUUGAGGCUCUUCUCGCCAGCCUGGGUGUAUACGCGAAUCAUUCACAAAGGGUUGUACGUCCUUGGUCGCUUCAAAAAGCACGAACAGGAACAUGAGGUGCUUACAGAGCUCCUUCGCCAGCACUUGUUCCACGCUGCCCGGCGGGGCGCGUGGUAUCAGCGUAAAGCACUUCUCGAAGAGCACUACAUGUUCUCCCUGCAACCACCUCCUGGAAUUUCUGAUCCCGAGCAACAAAAGAGACACUGGAAACGCAUCUCCCUCCGCACGUGCGAGCAAGGACUCCAGGACAAAGACUGCCAUGUGAUCUACCACUACGAUCUCCAAAAGCGGAUCAAGAAACUCGAGAAGCAGCUUAAGAUCCCCAAGAGAGAACAGCAUGACUUCGACCAUGUCUUGUUAACCAAACCUACCGAAGUCACCGUCGAAGGAAUCCAAAUCAAAAAGCAGUACCCUCCGCCACGAAAACGCACAGGCGCAGCCGUCGUAGAAGAACGCCAGAGAAGCACUAAAACCAUCUGGGUUGACGAGUUAGAUUCCGGGGGCGAAUGCAGCGUGGAAGAGAUGUGUCUCUCUUGGUACCGGUCCCAAGGUAUGAAAGGAUAUCAUGCCGAAGGUGGCAUCAUCCGCACGCUGUUCGCCUAUCUCUUCUACGACAUCCUAUUCACGUACAUCCCGAACGUCUUCCAAACGCCCUACCAGACAUGCCCACUCGACCUACACACCGACGCCUUCUACCCGUCCCGGAUCUCCGAGAUCAACCAUCGGCUGGUGGAAAUCGCGAACGGCGGAGCCGCGCGGCUGAUCCGCGACGUGGACGCACGCCAUCGAGAGAAGAAGACCUGCAUCGUCGGCCUCAACUGGGACUUCGACCUCGACGACCUACUGGAGAUCGUGGGCUGUUUUGAUGGCUCGGCGCUCGCGGCAAUCUGUAAUGUCAUGGCCCAGGAGUACCGCGUGCGCGGCGGCGGUAUCCCGGAUCUGUUCCUCUGGGACCCGGCGAAGAAGGAGGUGCGGUUCGUGGAGGUGAAGAGCGAGAAUGAUAGGCUGAGUGAUACGCAGAGGCUCUGGAUUCAUGUCCUCACGGGGGCAGGCAUCAAGGUCGAGCUGUGUAAUGCCGUGGCGAGGGAGGUCAGGGUUGUUGAGGCAGAAUAG